CGGUGAAGUCCCAAGGACACCAUUGGCUUGGCUCGCUCGGCACUUGCGCUCCGAUUGAGAACGCAGUCAUCCGUGGGGAAGGCAGCAAGAGGAAUCAAGCAACCAACAGUAAUUUCAGUCAAACCUGCGAUUGCGACUACCUGUGGCUUUGACUAGUCAUGGCGAAUCCGUUGCAGUUUGCCUACCGAACCCAGAAGGCCAUCGGCGUCUUCGAUGCCGCCCCGGUCUACGAAGCCCUUCCUGGGUUCGCCAAGCCCGAAGGGAACCUCCGGUGCUGUGUCUACUCGCCCUGUGGCCGAUACUUCGCCUACGCCUCUAGCGAUGGUGUCGUCGUUGUCGACGCUUCUGUCGGCCACGUGCUGACGUCGCUCCCGAUCACGACCGUCUACGAGCUCGGCUUCUCUCCCCGUGGGACAUAUCUGAGCACGUGGGAACGCCCGGCCAAGGACGAAAACGGCGACGCCACCAAGAACCUCAAGAUCUGGCGCACCGUCGAGGACCUGCCCCAGGGCACCGAGAAGCAACCGCUCGGAAAGUUCGUCCAGAAGUCGCAGUCGGGCUGGAACCUGCAAUAUACGGCGGACGAGAAGUAUUGCGCCCGCAUCGUCACCAACGAGGUGCAGUUCUACAACAGCGACGACCUGUCGACCGUCUGGACCAAGCUGCGCGUCGAGGGCGUGACCGACUUUGCCAUCGCCCCGGGCCUGAACAAGAGCGUCGCCGUCUUCGUGCCCGAGCGCAAGGGUUUGCCCGCUGCGGUCAAGGUCUACAACGUCCCUUCGUUCAACAGCCCGAUCUCGCAAAAGACCUUCUUCAAGGGCGACAAGGUGCAGCUGAAGUGGAACGGCCUGGGAACGAGCCUGAUUGUGCUGGCACAAACAGACGUGGACAAGUCGAACAAGAGCUACUAUGGCGAGACGACUAUGUAUCUGCUGAGCGCCAACGGAUCGUUCGACGCCAGAAUCACGCUGGACAAGGAUGGGCCCAUUCACGACGUUGCCUGGUCUCCGAACUCGACCGAGUUCGGUGUCGUCUACGGCUACAUGCCCGCUAAGACGACUAUCUUCAACCACCGCGGCGUGGCUAUCCACUCGUUCCCGAUCGGUCCUCGCAACACCAUCAUCUUCUCGCCCACCGGCCGCUUCGCCUUGGUAGCCGGCUUCGGCAACUUGGCUGGGCAGAUCGACGUCUACGAUCUAGAGAAGGAUUACCGCAAGAUCUGCACCAUCGAGAGCGGCAACCCCAGCGUGUGCUCCUGGAGUCCCGACAGCCGCUACAUCAUGACGGCGACCACGUCCCCCCGCCUGCGUGUGGACAACGGCAUCAAGCUCUGGCACGUGGGAGGCGGCAUCAUGUACAACGAAGAUAUGGUGGAGUUGUACAACGUCAUGUGGCGCCCCGUGCCGCUCGCCAACCUCCCUGCCAACGACAACCCGUUGCACCCGGUGCCGACCCCGCACGCAUCGGCCCUGGCCUAUCUCGGCACGGUGAAAACCCCGUCCAAGCCUGUGGGCGCCUACCGCCCGCCUGGCGCUCGCGGCACGCUGACGCCGCUGCACUUCAAGCGCGAGGACGAGGGCGGCGCGGCACACGUCGUCAGCAACGGCACUCCCUCAAUCGGGCCCAACGGUUUCGGCCGCCCGCGGCACCUAGUUCCGGGCGCUGAGCCGGUCGAGCGUCCGUCGGUUCCCGGGGCGACGCCGGCCGAUGACGGCAACGUGUCCAAGACGGCGGCGAAGAAUAAGAAGAAGCGCAAUAAGAAGGCCAAGGAGGGCGGCGGCCCCAACGCACCUACCGCUGCCGCCGAAGGUGGCCCCGCCCCGCCCCGCGAGCACGCAAACGGCUCGGGCAACGAAGGCCGUAGCCCCGACCGGCGCGGACAGCACGACCAGCACCAGCCGCGCAACGACAACAACCUGCAUCCUGGCCAGCGCAACCGCAGCAACACUCAGCGCGCUCGCUCGCGCAGCCGUCCCGGCCAUCAGGCUCAGGCUCAGGUUCCGGCUCAGGCUCCGACUCAGGCUCAAACUCAGGCUCAGGGCGGUGGCAGCGGCGGCGUUGGCGCCCCGGUUGCCGCGCCUGCCGGCGACGCCGGUGCUGCCGCGCCCAACCCCAACGCCAAGAAGAUCCGGGCGCUGCAGAAGAAGAUCAGGGCGAUCGAGGACCUCGAGAUGCGGCUCGCGGGCGGCGAGAAGCUGGAGGACACGCAGAUCAAGAAGAUUGGUACCAAGGCGGCGGUGCUGAAGGAGCUGGCCGAGCUGGAGUAGGAGCGCGUCGGGCUGUCGUGAUGGCAUGGUAGGAGAAAGGGGGUG